AGGACAGUUUCUUCGUUACUUUUGGCGUUUCCCCAACCAAACCCAAACCCACCCAGUCACUACUCGCACAUUCCAACCCAAACGCCAUGAAUCAAUGCGCAACCUCUCUUCUCUUCUUCUUGUAGCUUCAAAAUACACCGCCAAAUUCUUACAUUUUGCUUGCCUCACCACUCAAAAUCGCUCCAUUUCUCGCUUUUACUUCAGAUCCGCUUGAUUUUUCACCUUGAUUUUGCUCCUAAUUUACGAUCUCACCCACUGUUCUCUCCCAAAACAGAAAAACCGUAUCCUUGGCUCUUAUCUUCCUCAGUACUCCUGCUUUCUUUCUUUGUGUCUACGGUUCUACCUGUCGAGAAACCCUAGAUUUCAUUUUCGUCCUCCUGUUUGUAUAAAUUUUCCUUCGUUAGACUUUACGUUUUCAUUCUUUACCAAACGCUUUAGCUUUGUAGUCCCAUUGUUUUUGUAACUAUUGACGGUUGUAGUUAUUUUUCUUGUUUUUUCUUUUGGUAGUUUUUGCACAAAUUUUGGGUUUGAAUCGGCUAGGUAGUUAUAGCUAAGGUUGUUAGUGAUGAACAAUUAUAAUAGAGGGCGGUAUCCGCCAGGGAUCAGUGCUGGUAGAGGCGCCGGUAUGAACGCGAACCCCAGUUUUCAGUCGAGGGUUCCGCAGCAGCAGUAUGUGCAGAGGAAUUUGAUGCAGAAUCACCAGCAGUUUCAACAUCAACAGCAACAACAGCAGCAGCAGCAGCAGUGGUUGAGGAGGAGCCAGUUACCUCCUGCAGAUUCCAGCGUCGACGAGGUUGAGAAGACCGUUCAGUCCGAGGCCGUUGACUCCAGUUCACAAGAUUGGAAGGCGAGGCUAAAGAUACCACCACCUGAUACACGCUACAAAACAGAGGAUGUGACAGCCACAAAAGGAAAUGAAUUUGAGGACUAUUUUCUGAAACGUGAACUGCUUAUGGGAAUCUAUGAGAAGGGGUUUGAAAGACCAUCCCCUAUCCAGGAAGAAAGCAUACCAAUUGCUCUUACUGGCAGUGAUAUUCUUGCUAGAGCUAAAAAUGGAACUGGGAAAACAGCAGCUUUUUGCAUUCCUGCUUUAGAAAAAAUUGAUCAAGAUAACAAUGUUAUUCAAGUUGUUAUACUUGUUCCAACGAGAGAGUUGGCUCUUCAGACAUCACAAGUUUGUAAGGAGCUUGGUAAGCAUUUGAAAAUUCAAGUGAUGGUCACCACAGGUGGUACUAGUCUAAAAGAUGACAUCAUGCGAUUAUACCAACCGGUACAUUUGCUUGUUGGGACUCCUGGGAGGAUACUAGAUCUUGCAAAGAAGGGUGUUUGUAUUUUGAAAGAUUGUUCAAUGCUUGUUAUGGACGAGGCUGAUAAACUUUUGUCUCCAGAAUUUCAACCUUCUGUAGAGCAGCUGAUUCGCUUUCUUCCUCCAAAUCGUCAGAUUUUGAUGUUUUCUGCCACAUUUCCUGUUACUGUUAAGGAUUUCAAGGAUAGAUAUUUACAAAAGUCUUAUAUUAUCAAUCUUAUGGAUGAGCUUACUCUCAAGGGUAUUACACAGUAUUAUGCCUUCGUUGAAGAAAGACAGAAAGUUCACUGUCUAAACACUCUUUUCUCUAAGCUUCAAAUAAACCAAUCAAUCAUAUUCUGCAACUCUGUGAAUCGGGUAGAACUUUUGGCCAAGAAGAUCACAGAGCUUGGAUAUUCUUGUUUCUAUAUCCAUGCAAAGAUGUUGCAAGACCAUCGCAACAGAGUGUUUCAUGACUUCCGCAAUGGUGCAUGCAGGAAUCUUGUUUGUACUGAUUUGUUUACCAGGGGUAUAGACAUCCAAGCAGUUAACGUAGUUAUUAAUUUUGAUUUCCCCAAGAAUUCUGAAACGUAUCUUCACAGGGUUGGUCGAUCGGGAAGGUUUGGACACCUUGGUUUGGCUGUGAAUUUGAUCACAUAUGAGGACCGCUUUAACUUGUAUAGAAUUGAGCAAGAGCUUGGGACUGAAAUUAAGCAAAUUCCUCCACAUAUUGAUCAGGCAAUAUAUUGCCGGUAACCUGCACCAGAUAUCUUGCCCUUUAUUCAACAAUAGUGAGUAGCAACAAGGCUAGCAAUGGGUAAACUUAAGAUGGUAUCUAGCUCUGCAUCUGAUGGCGACUUCCAAGAAUUAUGUAUUGUCGGUGGAAGACUUCGAUUCCUGUAGCAUUUAACCUUAGAAUGCUUAUGUUGGUUUCUGGAUUUUGAUAGCUUGGACAGGAUUGUAGGUUAAGAGUUUUAAUGGUUUAUAAAUCCCAGAUAGAUAUGCUGGGUCCUGUUCUGUGUUGUGCUGGAUUUCUGUAGUAGACUGGUUUGGUACUAUGAGCGUGGUGGUGUUAUCACUGUUGAAUCCAAGGCUGUACUUUGUUGAAAAAAGUGGCAUCCCCCUUCUUCUUUCUAAUCCAUUAAUAAAGUCAUUCGACUUAUAAAGUA